AGCGACACUAACAAGUACAACCAGAAUAGAAAGAAAAAAAUAUAUUAUAACUGCGAUUUCAGCCGGAUCUGCACAUUUCAGCUUUUAAAUAAUUGCAGUGACAGGUAGGAAGAGCAGCGCCUGCACCUGCUGAAGGAGAGGAAAGAGAGAGCAUUGAGCGCCAUGGGAGAAGUUUCAGUUCUUUCUCCUCUUUCAGGCCACCAGCAGGAAUCCAGCUUCAAUUCCAACCAAGGAUGGCAAGUUGAGGAGAAUGAUCAUCCCAUUGAAGAGGUGAGGCUAACGGUGGAUCCUACAGACAACCCGAAUAUCCCAGCACUGACGUUUCGCACUUGGCUGAUUGGUGUGAUAUCAUGUGUGCUUCUCUCCUUUGCAAAUAUGUUCUUUGCUUACAGAACAAACCAACUAAGCAUAGGACCAGUCUGCAUACAAAUCAUUGCACUUCCAAUAGGAAGAUUUCUUGCAACAGCACUCCCAAAGAAAGAAAUAAAAUUUCCCUUCAUAAACUGGUCAUUCUCGCUAAAUCCGGGGCCUUUUUCGAUGAAGGAGCAUUGUUUAAUCACCAUCUUUGCAAGUGCUGGUGCAGGAGGCCUCUAUGCGAUUCAUAUAGUAACUAUAGUCAAGGCAUUCUAUCAUAGAAAGAUCCAUCCCUUGGCUGCCUUUCUAUUGGCACAAACCACACAGUUACUUGGCUUCGGUUGGGCUGGCAUUUACAGAAAGUACUUGGUUGAAUCUCCAUAUAUGUGGUGGCCAGCAAAUCUUGUUCAAGUCUCUCUUUUCAAAGCAUUGCAUCUAGAGGAGAAAAGAAAGAAGGGAGCCAUGACAAGAUUUCAGUUCUUCAUAGUGGUCUUUAUCACAAGCUUUGCAUAUUAUUCCAUCCCAGGCUUCAUCUUCCCAGCAAUCUCCACAAUUUCUAUCUUAUGCUUAAUCUUCAAGAAAUCAAUCGCCAUGCAACAAAUUGGAUCUGGACUGAAAGGUCUUGGUCUUGGAUCAUUUGGAAUUGAUUGGUCGACGGUCGCCGGUUUUCUCGGAAGCCCAUUGGCCACACCUGCAUCAGCAAUCUUCAACAUAAUGUUUGGCUUUUUAAUAGGAGUUUAUGUGAUAAUCCCAACUGGCUAUUGGACUAAUACUUACAAUGCCAAACGAUUCCCUAUGGUUUCAUCCCAUGUCUUUGAUUACACUGGUCAUAGCUACAACACUACAAGGAUUAUAAAUGAUAAGACUUUCACUUUAAAUCCAGAAGAAGAGGAAAGUUACAGCAAAAUAAACCUAAGUAUUACCUUUACUUUGCUCUAUGGCACAAGCUUUGCAAUUCUGACAUCCUCAAUCAUGCAUGUUGCUCUCCAUCAUGGAAAGACUAUUUGGAAGAUGUGGAAAGAAACUAAAGAAUAUUCUAAGGCAAAAAUAGAAGAUGUUCAUACAAGAUUAAUGAAGAGAAAUUAUGCGCCGGUACCUCAAUAUUGGUUCUAUGUUCUCUUAGUUUUGGUCAUUGGACUCUCCAUAUUCACUUGUGAAGGGUUCAAUAGGCAACUGCAGCUUCCAUGGUGGGGGGUAUUAUUCGCUUGCAUCUUAGCUCUACUCUUCACCUUGCCAAUUGGAGUUAUCUUGGCAACCACCAAUAUGGCACCUGGUCUAAAUGUCCUUACAGAGUACAUCUUUGGUCUAAUAUUACCAGGAAAUCCUAUGGCAAAUGUGACAUUCAAAACAUAUGGAACUAUAAGCAUGAGUCAGGCACUUACACUUCUUAGUGAUCUAAACCUAGGACAUUACAUGAAAAUCCCCCCAAAGUCCAUGUUCAUUGUCCAGUUGACAGGUACUAUGAUAGCAUCUUCUAUUUACUUCGGAACAGCUUGGUUUCUUCUUGACACAGUAAAGUAUAUAUGCGAUCCAACAAAACUUCCUGAAGGGAGCCCAUGGACUUGCCCCAAUGAUGAUGUCUUCUAUAACGCAUCAAUAAUUUGGGGGCUCGUUGGUCCAAUGAGAAUGUUUGGCAAACUUGGGCACUAUUCAGCUCUGAACUUCUUCUUCCUAAUAGGUUUAUUGUUACCCAUUCUCUUCUGGUAUCUAUCAAAAGUCUUCCCAAGGAACAAAUUGCUUAGUUAUAUCCAUAUACCCUUGAUCAUAGCGGGAAUAGGUGCGCUUCUUCCUACACACUCUGUCAACUAUAUCAUGUGGGGAUCAGUGGGCAUUUUCUUCAAUCAUUUUAUUUAUAAAAGGUAUAAAGAGUGGUGGGCAAGGCACACCUAUGUCAUGUCAGCAGCUUUAGAUGCCGGGGUAGCUUUCAUGGGAAUAUUCAUCUUCUUUGCUUUGCAAUUUAAUAAUAUCAGUGGGAUAGAUUGGUGGGGAGGUGUUGCAGAUGAUUAUUGCCCACUUGCUAGUUGUCCAACAGCUCCCGAAGUGGUAAUUGAAGGUUGUUCGACUCUAAAGUAGUUGAGUUUGUUAAAAUUUUCAUAGUUGCUUUCUCCAAAGUCUUUCAAUUAUUGUGUACAUUAAAUGUGUGGUUUACAAGUCAUGUUUUAGUGAAUGAAUAAUAAUGAAAUAGUUAACUUAA